CAAAUUCAUUUCUUACUUGACAGCAGACACUUGACUUUUGCUCUGUUUGCUCUGUUUUGCCAGUUCUGCUUUUUAUCAAAACAAAUGUACUGAAGAAUUUGACAAUUAUUAACAUAGUGAAUAAAUGAAAGAAUGUCAGGUCCAGUAUUGCCUCCUAUUCCCGCUCCACUAAAGGGUAUUCAACAUUAUUUAAAAAUUGCCACUGAACAUGAUCAACGAGAUCCUGUUGUUAGUUAUUGGUGUCGUUUGUAUGCACUUCAAACUGGAUUGAAACUAUCGACAAAAACGAGCGAUGAAACGAAUUUUCUUAUGAAAUUAAUGGAUUGGUUGGAGAGGACAAAGAAAUCUUUACAUGAUAACGAAGCGAUAACUAAUAAUGUUGCUGCUCAGGCUCAUUUGGAAAAUUGGGCUUUAAAAUUAUUCUUGUACGCUGAUAAAAAUGAUCGUGAAUCUAAUUUUGGGAAGAGUGUUAUUCAAAGUUUCUACACUGCCGGUCUAUUGUAUGACGUCAUUACGACAUUUGGAGAUUUAUCCGAGGAGGCUGUACAAAAUAGAAAAUAUGCAAAGUGGAAGGCUGCUUAUAUUCAUAAUUGUUUGAAAAACGGAGAAACACCUGUCGCGGGCCCUUUAAAGGAGAAUGACGAGGAUGAUGACACUGGCUCUCAGUCUGUUGACAAUUUGAUCUCUAUCGACGAUAAUGAAACAGAAAAUCAAAACAUUGAACCUGAUCAAAAUUCUGAAGAAAAUAAUGAAAACCAAGAGGAAGAAAAUACUGGAGAUAAAGAACCCGAUGAAGCUGAAGAAAAUCAAAAAGAUGAGUCUGAGGAAGUUGCUGAUGAACCAAAUGAGGAAGAUCAAGGAAUAUCGAGUCCGUCGCCAAGUACAGAUGCAUUUGGAUUUCCUUCAGUUCCAAGUAGUUCUAGUCCGAAUAUUCCACCACCGAAGCCAUUGAAUAUUCCAUCUGAAAAUGAAAAUUUCAUUCCAAUUGAACCGAAUCCCUACAAUCCAGCUCCUACGCCGACGAAUCCAAAUAAUGGACAACAAAAUUUUAACAACUUAAAAACUGCGGGAGGAGUUGCUCUGAGUGUGGAACAAACGACGAAGGCUCAAAAACUAAUAAAAUGGGCUGGGAGUGCCUUGAAUUAUGACGAUGUACCUACUACUGUUUUAAAUCUACAAAAGGCUCUUCACCUCCUGACCACCGGCCAAGAGAUGCCUUAAAAAUUAAUAAUCAACAGAAAAAAAACACACACACACAGUAAUGCUUUGUUCACUGCUUUCAAGGCAGCAAAUAUUCUGUUGCCGAUUUGAAGUUCAACAAAAUAACAAGAUUCAAAAGCUUCUAGCUUAAUUAGAAAAGAAAAAGAAUUUGAAAUAAAAACAAAAAAUAAUUAAAUUUUGAAGUUUAACAAAAUAAUAAUAAUAAGAUUCAAAAGCUUAUUUUAAUUAGAAAAGAAAGUAAAUUUGAAAUAAUACCACAAAAAAUAUUUAAAAACUCCAAUUUUAAUGAAACGCGUGUAUGUGAUUCGUCGCAAGAGAUUGAAUAUUUUUUUAUUGCACGAUGUUUUGUUUUUUUUUAGUUAAGGGAAUGAUAUAAAAUGUACAUGAGAUUGCGCAAAACUCGUUUGUAAAUAAUGUCGCAUACUUAUUUUUUAGAAACUUGCCUUAAAUGUUUAGUGUGAAAUUAUUUAAAAUCCGCAAUAAAUAUGCUAUUUUAUUUACGUAA